GAACCCGUUGACACCCAGACCCCUGUUGCCUCUUCUUCUCUGGGCCCUCCCCUCCUGUCCUCUCCUUUCUCCUCCUCUUCCCUUCCCCUCCCCCGUCGCCGGCGAGAGCUCGGGCGGAGACGCCGCAGCCCCCUGCAGGAGGGCUUGUACCCGGGAAGCAAGGGACUUCCGGAAGCUUCUUCCUUCCACAAGGGUCGUGCCCGUUGGAUUGGCCUGAAAGAUCUCAGUUUUAUUCCGAAGAAGGCGUUUCUCACCACAAAUCCCGAUCUGCUGGUGCUCAAAGUUCCAUCUUUGAUGAGGCAAGGCUGUGAGCAACCCGUGGGGCUCCCAUGGUCGUCGUGAGCCUUGAUUGGGGCAUCAGGCGAGAAGGGGCAGCAACCACCAGGAGGUGACAGAGCAAGAAGAAGAGGUAACAGAGAAGUAGGCAACAAUAGGGAGGGCGAAGGAGAAGGAGAGGAGGGAGCUCUCCAUGGGGGAGCCCCUCCUCGCAUCCCUCUCCAUGGAGAACAGCAACAGCCACCCCUGCACGCUCCUCUCCAUGGACCCUGCGGGCUCGCACCCGGCCUCCACCGAGUCCUCCGGCGCAGCCAAUGGGGUUGGUAGUGGUGGUGACCGGGAACCCUUCGUCAUUCCCCGGCGUGAGUCGGCACACCCGGGUCCCCCGGACAUCAACCUCCCGCUUUCUGCAGACCCCUCCCCACCACCUCCAUCGUGGAACCUCGAAGGGUUCGACAUACUUGAUGUCACUCUUGGAACACAUAACUAUGAGUCUGAGGUUGCGCUUACACUUCCAAAGUUGACCGGCAAUGGCAAUACCACUAUCGGCGUCGGCGCGAGGAAGUGUGCUAAGCGAGGAGACAGCAUUUGGGGUGCAUGGUUCUUCUUCAAUCACUACUUCAGGCCUGCGCUUGUGGAGAAGCCAAAGGGGAAGGUGACACGAGAUGCGUCCGGGUGUAUCUCAGGCUUCGACAAGUCUGACCUUCGCCUUGAUGUCUUCCUGGUGCAGCACGACAUGGAGAACAUGUACAUGUGGGUUUUCAAGGAGCGGCCUGACAAUGCCCUUGGUAAGAUGCAGCUCCGAAGUUUCAUGAAUGGACAUUCCAAGCAUGGGGAGCCAUCAUUCCCAUUCAGUGCUGACAAGGGCUUUUCAAGGUCGCACCGCAUGCAGCGAAAGCAUUACCGAGGACUGUCGAACCCACAGUGCCUUCAUGGGAUUGAGAUUGUGGUCUCACCUAAUUUAUCAGCAGUUCCUGAGGCCGACUUGAAGAGGUGGGUUGAACUUACAGGCAGGGAACUUAAUUUCUCAAUACCAUCUGAAGCCAGUGACUUUGAGUCAUGGAGGAAUCUUCCGAGCACCGAUUUUGAACUUGACAGGCCACAUCCACCGGCAUCAAAGAGUGCUGCACAUGGAUCUCACAGUCAUAAGAAGGGAUUGAAUGGUUCAGGUCUCAACCUAUCAACUCCACCAUCAUCAGAUGAUGGGAUGGACCUUUCACCCAAAUGUGCCAAACGGCGCAAGGAUUUCUUUGGCCAUGGUGUGGAGGAGGACUGUGUGAUGGCAAACAAUUCAUGUUCUGACAGAGAGCAAGAGGUAGAAGCUCAUACUGGUGAGCCAUCAUGGAUGCAUGAAUUCACUGGUGUGGCAAAACAUGCAAGCGGGCCUGUCACUGCUGCCAAGACGAUAUACGAAGAUGAUGAAGGGUACUUAAUCGUGGUGAGCAUGCUCUUCUCCGACCCACACAGCGUCAAGGUUUCUUGGAGGAACACGCUAACACAUGGCAUUGUGAAGAUAACAUGUGUGAGCACCGCCCGUAUGCCCGUCAUCAAGAGGCAUGACAGGACAUUCAAGCUGACAGACCCUUUCCCUGAGCACUGCCCUCCUGGCGAGUUUGUGAGAGAGAUACCUCUAGCCACCCGGAUUCCAGAAGAUGCAAAGAUUGAGGCAUAUUACGAUGAGACAGGAACUGGACUAGAAAUCAUGGUCCCAAAGCACCGGGUUGGACCAGAGGAGCAUGAAGUUCAGGUGUGCAUGAGGCCGCCGCACCUUGGCGACAACGAUCUUGUUUUAUCAUAGCAGAGAGAAACAGUUAGCAUAUAGAUCUUCUGGUAUCAUGCCAUGAGAUACCAUAGUGUAACAGGUCGUACCAUGGAUCAGUAAAAUCCAUCAUCUUUUGCUGCUAAACAGUUAGCUUAUAAGUUGAUGAACUUCUGUUUCCCCCAUAAAAGUUGGAGAUUUAGGCAAAAGUUACCUCUAUUAAUUCCCCCUCUGUACCUCUGUUACAUAUAUAUUGGUGAUCUCCUUGACUAUCUGAAAGGUGGCUAGUUAAGAUUCUGUGUAUAUUCAGAUGUUCAGGCUCAUAAUAAGGUUGAUGGCUACCUAUGAUUGUGAGGUUCGGAA